CCACGUGCUGAGGCAGCAUUUUGGAGGCAAAGGUGCCAUGACAUCAGCUCUUGGAAAUUCCGAGUGUUUGAUUUGAUAUCUGACUGACAGGGCUGGCCACUGGCCCUAUAAAAGCAAGAGCUGAACCAGUACCUCACACCAGGCACAGGAGGAACCUGCUCUGGUCCUGCCUCUGCCCCUGCAGCUCACCUCUGUCCAGGAUGAAGGUCUCCACCCUUUGCCUCUCCAUCAUCCUCGUCGCUGCCCUCCUGUCUCAGGUGUCUCCUGCUCCAUUGGGGUCUGACACCACUAUCUGCUGCUUUGGCUACACCCCACGGAAGCUGCCCCAGAAUCAUGUGAAGGAAUAUUUCUACACCAGCAGCAAGUGCCCUCAGCCAGCAGUUGUGUUCAUCACCCAGAAGAACCGAGAAGUCUGUGCCAACCCUGGUGCCAGGUGGGUGAAGGAAUACGUGGACAGCCUGGAGCUGCACUGAGCCCUGGGAGCUCACAAUUCCUGCCAGUCCACCUGGCAGAGCUUGGAACACACUUAGAAAUGCUGCUGCUGAGCACCAGCACCUGCUGAGCCACCUUGGAACCCCUGAAGUUCCUUUUGCCUUGCAAAGGGGUCAUUUAUCCACGAGGAUUCAGCCCCCCUUGAACAGCUGUGCUGCUGGGGACCUCCUGCCCUUGCAGACCCAUCUUGGUGUCCCCUGCUGGGUGACCUGUGGCUAAACUGAGCCCCCCUUGUGCCUCCACUGCUAGAAUGAGAGGGGAAUUUCACCCCCAGAGCUCUUUGUGGGUAGUGGUCUGUUGGAAUUAGGUCUGAGAGCUGUCAGCUAAACCCAGGCUGAGUUCUAAAGCCGGGUGAGUUUUGUCAUGGCUCAGUAGAUGCUGUGGGUAAGAUCUGUCUCCCUGGGGGAGGAAGUGGUACCCUGGUUACUUACAGGAUGCUUGUUGUGGAACCACAAUGUUCAGCCUUGUUCUCAAACCUCUGUCUCUUGCCAAUGCCAAAGAAUAAAGUUGUUUUCUC